AUCAUUCCAUUUACUACUAAACACAAUCAUAAUAAGCAUCAAGCAUGGGUGUACCAUCAACUUUCUUCCCUGCUAUUCUCUUCCUCUCAUGCUUUAUCUGCUUGUACCCUGAUCUGGCAACAGCAAAACAUGCUGCCACUGGCGUUACCCGACACUAUAAGUUUAACAUCCGGAUGCACAAUGUGACGAGACUGUGUGGUACGAAAAGCAUAGUAACUGUCAACGGGAAAUUCCCGGGGCCGAGGAUUAUUGCGAGGGAAGGUGACCGGUUGGUGAUCAAAGUUGUCAACCAUGUCCCGUACAAUAUCAGUAUCCAUUGGCAUGGAAUUCGACAACUUCGAAGUGGAUGGGCUGACGGGCCAGCAUACAUAACACAAUGUCCAAUUCAAACGGGGCAAUCAUACGUUUAUAACUAUUCCAUUAUCGGACAGACAGGCACACUUUGGUACCAUGCCCAUGUUUCAUGGAUUCGAUCAACUCUCUAUGGGCCGAUUGUCAUUCUGCCUAGGCGUAACACUUCGUACCCUUUUCUGAAACCUUACAAGGAAGUCCCGAUUAUGUUUGGAGAGUGGUGGAAGGCGGAUACAGAAGCCGUGAUCAACCAAGCCCUUCAGACCGGAGCUGGCCCGAAUAAUUCAGACGCGUAUACUAUUAACGGGCUGCCUGGACCGUUAUACAAUUGCUCACAACCAAAGGAAACUUUUAGGCUUAAUGUGAAGCCUGGGAAGACGUACAUGCUUCGUUUGAUCAAUGCCGCCCUCAAUGACGAACUGUUUUUUAAAAUUACAAACCAUACGUUUACAGUUGUCGAUGCGGAUGCAAGCUACGUGAAACCGUUUGAAACAGACACAAUCUACAUUACGCCAGGCCAAACAAGCAAUGUUUUGCUCAAGACGAAAAAUCUCACCUCCAAUGCCCGGUUUUUAAUGGCAGCCCGACCGUAUUCAACGGCAGCUUCCGGAACUUUCGAUAACACUACCGUUGUUGGUGUUCUCGAAUACAACCGUAAUACCAUGCAAUUCUCCAAUACUUCCAUUAAAAACCUACCCCUACCUCCACUCCCUGCUAUCAAUGCCACUUCGUAUGUAGCCAAUUGGACCAAUAAAUUUCGCAGUUUGGGACCGCCAGUAAACGUUCCACAAACGGUCCAAAACCGUUACUUUUUCACGGUCGGGCUCGGGAACGACCUGUGCCCGAAAAACCAAACAUGUCAAGGGCCCAAUGGCACCAAAUUCGCGGCCUCGGUUAACAACAUUUCCUUUUCUUUACCUACAACCGCGCUUCUUCAGGCACGAUUUUUCGGGAAAUCAAACAGCAUAUUCUCGACUAACUUCCCGACAUCCCCUCUUCACCCGUUCAACUACACCGGCCCGCCACCUAACAACACGUUUGUUUCCCAUGGCACAAAAGUGGUGGUGCUACCUUACAACACCACCGUGGAACUUGUAAUGCAAGGCACCACCAUAUUCGGGGCUGAAAACCACCCUCUCCACCUCCACGGCUUCAACUUUUACGUGGUGGGGCAAGGCGCUGGAAACUUCAACUCCACUACUGACCCGGCCAACUUCAACCUUGUUGAUCCAGUUGAAAGGAACACCGUUGGUGUCCCGUCCGGCGGGUGGGUAGCGGUCCGGUUUCGGGCUGAUAAUCCUGGUGUAUGGUUUAUGCAUUGUCACAUUGAGAUUCACCUGAGUUGGGGGUUGAGAAUGGCAUGGGCUGUGAUGGAUGGGAAGCUUCCUAACCAGAAGUUGCUUCCACCACCUUCUGAUCUUCCAAAGUGUUGACUUUGACCAAAGACUUUGACUACAAAUCUUCAUGAGUCUUUUGUUUUUCGAGUUUUUAAUGAGUGAUUCUAUUUCAUGGGGUUCUUUCAUUCAAUGUUUUUAUUAUUUGUUCUUCAAAUGUAAUGUACAAUAAGAGAUUGUUUUGUUAACUAAAUAAAUUUGAUUAAAUUGCAAAUUUAUGCAUGUCCUUCAUGAAAUAGUUUUGUUGAACUUAUAA